UUCCGUUUACUACGCACAGCUGUUUUAAGUUUGCGGAAAAUUUUUAAUUUGACACACAACACAAAAAAAAGAAACACAAAACUUAACAUUAUUUAGUUAACAUAAGCUAGCUAAACAUAAAACAAAAGCAACUGAAGCUUUUAUGUACAAACGUUGACUCAGCAGCGUGUGUUGGCCUGUGUGUGUGAGCGAGAGAGAGAGAGAGUGAACAUGAAACAUUGCUGCCUGCAAACCGAAACGCUGACAAAUAAUAAUUUGGAUAAACGGAGGAUGUCAGCAGAGCCCAAUUCAGAAUGUGAGCUACAAAUAACAACAACAAUACGCAAACAUAUCCAAGAACGUGUGCAAAUUGUUUAUGAAUUCAUUGAGAGCACACUGCAGAUCUAUAAACUGGAAGAGCUCAUAUUUUGUUUCAAUGGCGGCAAGGAUUGCACUGUGCUCUUGGAUGUGCUCAUGCGGUAUUUGCAACAACAGAAUAUAGAUAGUCGCAGCAUACCCAUGUUGUAUAUAGAAUCGCAUGAUUCCUUUGCGGAUAUCGAUGAGUUUGUUGCCAACUGCGUGCAGCGUUAUCAGGUGCAGUUAAUCAAGUAUCAGCAGCCACUAAUGUCAGCGCUGAAGCAUAUGACUGAGGAUAUGCCAGAGAUUAAGGCUGUCUUCAUGGGCUGUCGCAAUACGGAUCCUUAUUGCGAUAAAAUUAAGCCCAUGCAGCCCACGGAUAACGGCUGGCCGGCCAUGAUGCGUUUGAAUCCUUUGCUGGAAUGGAGUUAUCACGAUAUUUGGCAUUAUAUUCAUAUACAUAAUGUGCCUUAUUGCUCGCUUUAUGAUCGCGGCUACACUUCGAUUGGCCAUAGGAACAACACUUUGCCCAAUCCGCAUUUGCUUUUCGAUAGCUGCGCGAACAAGGAUACGCCGGCUUGCUAUAAGCCUGCCUGGGAGUUGGUCGAUGCUACGCAGGAGCGUGCUGGGCGCCAGAGCAAAUAGUAUCGGCUUCAGACUCUGUCCAGGGUCUCCAUAGUGCAAUUAUUUAGUUAGCUAAUCUAUAUUUUCUUUUUCGCUGUGUAUAUAUCUGUCCGCCUUAUGUACUUCGUUUAUCUAACAUAUAUAUAUUUUCUGUUAAAAUUGCUUUGAUUUAAUUGCAUGUGAGUGCAGCUGUUUGUAAAUUGAAACCACAAGCAGCGCACACUCAACUAUAUAGACAUAAGUCGGUCUAAAACUCAAAAAUUUCCGCUCUACAGUUUGAAAGCCAAUUAUAAAUUAAAGCAACGCUUUCAAAAACAAUUUGUACUUAUACAUGU